CAUACUUUAUGUCAAUUGAAACGUCUAGCCAAAUCUCAAAUAUCAUAUCGCUGGCAUUGAGCUAGCGUUUAUUGAAGAUAAAGUUAACAAAUCUUAUUAAAAUGGACUCAAUAAGGGAAAAAGCAUUUCAGGAUUACCGCAAGAAGCUCAUGGAGCACAAAGAAGUUGAAUCCAGGCUCAAAGACAUGAGAGAACAGCUAAAAGACCUCACAAAACAGUACGAUAAAAGUGAAAAUGAUUUGAAAGCUUUACAAAGUGUUGGUCAGAUUGUUGGCGAAGUGCUAAAACAGCUAACUGAAGAGAAAUUUAUAGUAAAAGCAACAAAUGGCCCACGCUAUGUCGUUGGCUGCAGGCGUCAGCUUGACAAGAAUAAGCUAAAGGGUGGCACAAGGGUUGCUUUGGAUAUGACCACACUGACCAUCAUGAGACAUCUGCCUAGAGAGGUGGAUCCUUUGGUGUACAACAUGAGCCAUGAGGAUCCCGGAGACGUUACCUACUCAGCUAUUGGAGGACUUCAAGAGCAGAUCAGGCAAUUGAGAGAGGUGAUCGAACUGCCUUUACUGAACCCGGAACUGUUUGUCCGAGUUGGCAUCACUCCACCCAAGGGCUGCUUGUUGUACGGGCCCCCUGGUACAGGCAAGACGUUACUGGCUAGAGCUGUAGCUUCGCAGCUCGAUGCCAACUUCUUGAAGGUGGUAUCGUCAGCCAUAGUGGACAAGUAUAUCGGGGAGUCGGCCAGGCUCAUCAGGGAGAUGUUCAACUACGCCCGCGAUCACCAGCCUUGCAUCAUAUUCAUGGACGAAAUUGAUGCUAUCGGUGGCCGUCGUUUCUCAGAGGGCACGAGUGCAGAUAGAGAGAUACAGCGCACCCUCAUGGAGCUGCUGAACCAAAUGGAUGGUUUCGACUCGCUCGGCCAAGUGAAGAUCAUUAUGGCCACCAACCGACCGGAUACCCUGGACCCGGCUCUGUUGAGGCCUGGCAGGUUGGACAGGAAGAUCGAGAUACCGCUGCCCAAUGAACAGGCUAGAUUGGAGAUCCUCAAGAUCCACGCGGCGCCGAUCGCGAAGCACGGCGAGAUGGACUACGAGGCGGUGGUGAAGCUGUCCGACACGUUCAACGGCGCCGACCUGCGCAACGUGUGCACGGAGGCCGGCCUCUUCGCCAUACGCGCCGAGCGGGAGUACAUCAUACAGGAGGAUCUCAUGAAGGCAGUUCGCAAAGUGGCCGACAAUAAGAAACUCGAGAGCAAGUUGGAUUAUAAGCCAGUUUAAAUGUUGCGUUUUUUAUACACAUUAUACUAUGUAUCUUUAAUAAAUAUUUAUUAGGUUAA